AUGCUCCACACCCUCGAACUAUGCACCCUCCCGGCACAGGAGGUGGGCAUCCAGGCCGUGGCCCGACAACGCCGCUGCAAGACGCAGAGUGGCGCUCCACAGAUCGGCAAGCAGUACUACUCGGCCGCCUGCCAGAUUGGCACCACAGCAGAACCUCGCGGAGUCUCAGUCUGUCUGGAGGUGCCGAGCCGGAAGGAGGACCGACCGCCGACCUUCGGCAAAAAGCUACAAGUCGGCCAGCCCUGGUGGAUGGAGCAGAUGAGUCCGGACGAGAUGGAGGCCGUGGAGGCCCGGCUUAUUCCACGCGUCCUG